AAUUCUUGUGAUUGUUUGUCGAGUAAAUAAAGUGUGUCCUUAUGUUAAACGUUGAGUAAAUCCAAAUUUCAAGUAAGUUAAACAAGCAAAGCAUCAUCCUCUUUCUAUCCUCACUUCUAAUCCUCGUUGCUAGUCACGAAUUCCCGGCUCAGUUAUCCGUAACAAAGCUCUAUUCUGAGUCGGAUUUCUGAGCAUGAAAGCUUCACGAUCUCCAUUCCCAAUCUUGCCUAAGCUCCGAUUCAAUAUUCAACCAUCAUGCACGGCGACGGCGGCAUCCGUCAUCCCUUCCCCACCUCCCACCUUCAACUUCAAGAAGGAGAUUCUCGAUAUCUCCACCGCCGCAAUUGCACAAUCCCACCCACAAUUACUCGAUUUGGCUCAAAAUGGCACCUUGGUCCUCCUCACCAAAACCCAGUACGGCCCUGUUCCGCCCUGGAGAAGCGACUUUGUGGAGCCCCACGGGAUUUGGAUUAUUGGGACAACGCAUGUUUCCCAGGAAUCAGCCUCUCAUGUUGAAAGGGUGAUUCGGGCCGUUAAGCCCGAAAAUGUCGUUGUCGAGCUUUGCAGAAGCAGAGCUGGGAUCAUGUAUAUUCCUGAGAAUGGUGAUCAGAAUCAGCAACUGCGAUCCAGCAUGUUCUCUCUCAGUGGAACUGGAUUCUUUGGUGCCAUUGGGCGAAGCAUCAACUUGGGCGGUCAAACUGCUUUAGCAUUACGGUUGCUCUUGGCUACUUUCUCUUCUAAAGUAUCUUCGGAUAUCAAUCGUCCCUUCGGUGAUGAGUUUCGUGCUGCAAGAAAGGUUGCUGAAGAAAUUGGCGCGCAGUUAGUCUUGGGAGAUCGUCCAAUAGAGAUAACUCUUGAAAGGGCGUGGUGUUCUCUGAAAUGGAAGGAGAAACUAAGCCUCGUCUCCACUAUUAUUCGUGGAAUGACAUCGUCUGUCAAGCCACUCGAGGAACCUAUCGGUGGUGACAGCAGCUUUGAGCUAUACGAGCAGCUGAGUUUGUCAUAUCCGUCACUGCUGCCUCCUCUCAUACACGAGCGAGAUACGUUUCUGGCGUGGUCGCUGAAAAGAAGCAAAGCCGUGAACAAGAGCGAGAACGUGGUUGGAGUGAUCGGCAAGGGGCACAUGAACGGAGUCAUAUACUCGCUGGUGUCGGACACGGGGAACUUGCGGUUCAAAGACCUUGCCGGGAAGAGAGAUGGCGGAGGUUGGGCUGCUUCCAUCGCUAGAGACUUGUUUAGAGACACACUUAUCGGUCUUGUGCUAUGGCUUAUAUAUGACCACUUCAAGUCGGGUUUUUAGAACCAUCGAACGUGAUAUUUUUUUAUACGCCUAUGUUUUUCAUUCAAUAGGCCACACUUUUUUUA